AUGGCGGCCUACAAGGAGGAUUUGGUCAGCGCUCUCGAGUCUUCGCUACAGGUAAACGUUUUAUGUCGUCUUGCUAAAUCUAUUUUUCCUUUAAAGGAUUACAUUUUGAGAGUUUUCAUCUCAUUUCAACAGUCCUGCGUAUCGCUUUUUCUUGUCACUGACAACGUUGAGAAAGAUGGCAAGAUGGUGGAUGUCAACCAAAGCGGUGAGCUUUGCCUAGUUUUAAGCUUUUUGUACUUUUACUGUCACUAAUGGUUAAAAUAUUGAUGAUAUGAAACUACCACAUCUUAAAGUUGAUUUAAAUUGCCUAUGGGAAAUAAUCAAACAUGUUUUAACGUUGUUUUAGGGGUGGAAGCCUGCAUCAAGAGAUUUCUUGAUUCUGCAAAGUCCUUAGAAGCCGAUUUUCUACGAAAACAAAUGUACAGCCGGGUGAAUCAUCCCCAAGAAGUCACAAAGGAGGUAAUAAUAGACUAUUUACAGUUAUAGCACUGUUUUGAGCUUGAUACCCUAGCCCAAUGCAUCAGUCAUUUCCAGCUGCACCCAUUCCCCCUUCCUAAGGGGCCACUGUGGGGCAUUUGCCUGCCUUAUCAGUCUCGGGGGUGGGGCAUUAGCAAGUUCUGCAUGGCCCAGGGGCCAGGCAUUUGCCUACCCUGGGGUCAACCCUGCAAUUUUGAUACGCACGUGGUUUCCAAUGCUAAUAAUACUAAAUAUGGAGGUUUUUACUGGAAACACAAGCAGAUUGACAGAUUGGCUUAUCUAUCAAGGUCGUGAAAAACUUGUAGAGGCUUUUAAAAGCAUGUUCCUCGAUGUUAUGCAUGUAUUUCUUUAGUGCUUAUCAAGGCAGGACUUACACUGCUAAAUCGGGAGCUAUCGACAUACGUGAAUCUACUUUUUCUUUUUAUUGAAUCAAAUCUCUUUUGAUUUAGGAUUUGAGUAAAAUUUAGGGGUAAUGAUUUUAAUACCUUCUAUCAUCAUGUAUGAUCAAUCUAUUAUUUGAAGAACUUCCUUUCGUAUUAUUUAACUUUUCAGAACAGAUCGCUUUAUACACCAUUACUGAUUUUAAUUUUAUGGCACUUUGUACCCAAAUAACAGAGCUGUUUAAUAUAGUAGAAGCCAUUUAACUUUUAUUUUCUUUUUUUCUCUCCAUUUAUUAGGAAGUUGAAAGAAUGAGAGCUGAGCUAGUACAGAAAGAAGGGCUGCUGAAAAGAACACGAGAGAGAGUAGCUGCUUGGGCUCAUACCUUUCAAGAUCUUGAAACAAGACAAACGAGACUUCACUUAGCUGAUAUUGUAUCAUAA